AUGAAGCUCAUCAGCAACUCCCUGCACAGGCUGUCUGUCCUCGUUGAGAUCUUGGCUCUGGCUGCAGUCCUGACCUGCGCCGCACCCCUGCCAGAGUUUUCCGGAGAAGUAGGAUUUUCCUUGGAGGACCCGGACUUCCAGAAGUUUGUCGCCAACAGCUUCGAUUUGACGAGCAAAAUCCAGAGCGAACUCCAGACCGUGCUGAAAGCACAUGCCCUGCAGCUCCCCUCCGACUUGGAGCUGGGAGUGAUGGAGGCCCGGCUGCAGAUCCCCAGCACCCCCCUCAGGGAGUGUCUCUCCAAAAUCCACGUGGAGAGCUGUCUGGCCCGGAUUCAGUCUGGCUUGCGUUUGUAUCGUGGUUUCCUCCCCGUGGUUCAGGAUCAUGUGGAGCUGGCACAGCGCCGUCACGUGGAGACGCUCUCCCACGAUGCCAAGGACCUCCUGAAACAAAUACACGGGCAGAUGCUGUCUCUUGAGCUGCCCCUGGUUAGCUACCCCGAUGAGGAGGGGGGCCCGUCCUCUCAUCAGCCCUUUCUGGUGGGGGUGAGCGGGGAGUCGGAGCGCCGCGUCGGGAGCUACAUCCUCCUCCGCAACUUUGAAAGAUUCGUGCUGUCAGUGUACCGAGCCCUGCGCAGCCUGAAGAGACACUGA